GGCCGGCGCUCCGCUCCCUCUCGCGCGCCGCUCGGCUCCUUCACAGGGUGACACGUCUGCGGUGAGUGAGUGGCGUUGGCAGCCUGUCAAUCCCUCACCGGAGCGGCCAUCAAACAACAUAAAACACGCGCGGGCACCGGGCGCGGGGCUCAUAAAUUCCGGCGGGCCGAUAUUUUUGCACAUUGCUUUGCAGAGAGUGUGUAAUUAAUUUUUUUACAGUUCUUUCCCCGUUAUUUCCGCUGUUUUCUUUGCACAAGUUCAAACUUUUGAUUGCUGCUGUCUCACCCCCGUGCACAGACUUGGGAUCGUUUGUUAUUUGGGGGGGAGGGCGAUUAAUUUUUUUUUUCCCUCUGUGAUUGUGUUUUCUUGGCUUUUUUAUGUUGCAAUUUGGGGGUGGGGGUGUUCGCUGGUUUGUUGUGGUUUUUGCUGUUUGCACCCUCCCAACUUCUGAAGGAUUUGAAAGCGAGUUUUUUUGAUUUUGUAUUUAAUUUUUUUUUUUUUUAAUUUUGCCUUUUUGCAAAGAAGAUUUUUGGACAAGUGGGGAAAGACAUAAAAAGCAACAAUAAAAAAUAAAAAAGGAGAAAAAAAAAGCUUUGGAGGAAGAUUGUACCAGGAAAACCUCACAGAAAUCUGCUCAGCUCAUUUAUCCGAGGCACCAAUAUGAUGAUGAUGAAAGAAGAUUGUAACUAAAGAAGAGAGUGAUUUACUGCCCUGGGAAGGAGAAGAGAGUGGAAUAAACAGCUGAGAUCCGGUCAAAACACAAAUACUACAUUUUUUUUUUUGUUGUUACUGUUUUGUUUGGCUUUUUUUUUUUUUUUUUUUUUUUUUUUUUUUUUUUUUUUUUUUCCUUUUUUGUGGUGUGUGUGCAGAGCGCGGUCAGGAGCGCGGCACUGGGACUGAGCGGGGCAGGCGCUGCCGUGACCGCCCGGAGCGCGGCCCGGCCCGGAGCCAUGGACGAUCAGUCCAGGAUGCUGCAGACUCUGGCCGGCGUGAACCUGGCCGGGCACUCGGUGCAGGGGGGCAUGGCCCUGCCGCCUCCCCACGGACACGAAGGGGCUGACGGCGACGGCAGGAAGCAGGACAUCGGCGACAUCCUCCAUCAGAUCAUGACCAUCACUGACCAAAGCCUGGAUGAGGCACAAGCAAAGAAACACGCCCUGAACUGCCACAGGAUGAAACCCGCCCUGUUCAGCGUCCUCUGCGAGAUCAAGGAGAAAACAGGUUUGAGCAUCCGAGGAGCCCAGGAGGAAGACCCUCCCGAUCCUCAGCUAAUGAGACUAGACAAUAUGCUUCUGGCAGAAGGAGUCUCAGGUCCGGAGAAAGGUGGGGGAUCGGCGGCAGCAGCUGCAGCCGCAGCAGCCUCUGGAGGGUCUUCAGAUAACUCUAUUGAACACUCAGAUUACAGAGCCAAAUUGACCCAGAUCAGACAAAUCUAUCACACAGAGCUGGAGAAAUAUGAACAGGCAUGUAAUGAAUUUACCACACAUGUAAUGAACCUCCUCAGAGAACAGAGCCGGACACGUCCCAUUUCUCCCAAGGAGAUUGAAAGGAUGGUGGGCAUCAUUCAUCGAAAAUUCAGCUCCAUCCAGAUGCAGCUCAAACAAAGCACUUGUGAAGCAGUAAUGAUUUUAAGAUCAAGGUUCCUUGAUGCCAGGCGGAAAAGGCGUAACUUCAGUAAACAAGCCACGGAAAUCUUGAACGAGUAUUUUUACUCCCACCUCAGUAACCCCUACCCCAGUGAAGAAGCCAAAGAGGAGCUGGCAAAGAAAUGCAGCAUCACGGUAUCACAGGUGUCCAACUGGUUUGGCAAUAAGAGAAUCAGGUACAAGAAGAACAUCGGGAAGUUCCAGGAGGAAGCCAAUCUCUAUGCGGCAAAGACGGCUGUGACUGCAGCGCACGCCGUGGCCGCGGCCGUCCAGAACAACCAGACCAACUCCCCCACCACACCAAAUUCUGGUUCUUCUGGUUCUUUUAACCUCCCAAAUUCUGGGGACAUGUUCAUGAACAUGCAGAGUCUGAAUGGGGAUUCUUACCAGGGGUCCCAAGUCGGAGCCAAUGUGCAGUCACAGGUGGAUACCCUGCGUCAUGUUAUCAAUCAGACGGGAGGAUACAAUGAUGGCUUGGGAGGAAAUUCACUGUACAGUCCACAUAAUUUAAAUGCUAAUGGAGGCUGGCAGGACGCAACCACUCCAUCUUCUGUGACUUCCCCUACAGAAGGGCCGGGAAGUGUGCACUCGGAUACCUCUAACUAAUCUCCUAGCAACACUUUUUCCCUGAGCUGAGAUGCCUUGAUUAGCGCAUUCAGAGUUGCAGGAGAAAAAGGAAAGAGUUUUUUGUAGCCAACCACCUACAGCUUUACUGUAAAACCUUGUCUUAUUAGAAAACUUGGUAAAUCUGUUUUUUAAAGGUAUCAUAAUCAUUUGUAUUUAUACUUAAAACACACAAUGUUAAAAAGCACUUUAUCCAAUUAGGCCAAGAUUUAGCAUUGUUUAUAGCCCUGUAACUAUUUUAUCAUAAUUUAUUAUCAGCAGUUUUAAUGAUGUUGGUCUAACAGUUGCCAAUUACUUGGCCUUAAGGGUAAAAGUACAGGACAAGCUUAACCUCAGUAGCAAGAGCAGACACAAAGAACCGCCUCACCCAAAUUUAAUUGUGUGCAUAUUUCCAUGGAAAGUCGACAGGAAUCACAGACUUUGAUUGUGUUUCAUCUUUUCUUAUCUCUCACAGACCUGGAAUAAAAAGAGCUGUUCAGUUAUUUCGGUUAACAAUGGUCGUGUUUAAGAAUCCUUAUUCGUCACAUUUUUGUUGAGAUCUAUUGUCUUACAAAUUAGAUUGGAAACCAGGAGCAUCUUUUCUUUCUAAAGCCCCCCUGGACCCCGAGUCUCCUCUCCGUAUCCUGACACGGACACAGGUUGUUCUUGGGAGAUGACGACUCUUGCUGCUGGUCUCUGUGCACGCCACGACCCGGGGUUUUACAGUAUGAGCUGGGUGCUACCCACGCCUGCCAAGGGCUGGUGCCUCUGCUUGGCAGCAAACCACAAACAAAGGAAAAGGAAAGGAAAAAGCACCGCGAUAUGGAGUGUUGUACAUAGUGUAGCAAAAGAGUAUUUAUACAUCUCACCAAUCAAACACAGCUUUAUUACCUCAUGCGAACUCAUACAAACCAAUAGACUUUCAACAUGUUCUGUAGCUUAGAGUGCUCACUUACUACCUCUGAACGAUACUCACGCUGUAGUUUGUCUCUUUCUUAUCUUUUUGCAUCUUGUAAUUAACUCUUUGUUUCCCCACGAAAUGUAAUGUACAUUGUAAUCUCCUACAAAUCAGGGUUGCCUUGGCAACUGCUAAAGAAGCGGAAGUGGAAACAUGGGGUCUUAGGUUGGACACAAAACAGUGCAACUGUUGUAAAUACUGAGAAGCAUUUUGAAUGUUCUUCAUCUUGUUACUAAUACACGCAAAAACCAACAAUUAAUUGUAAUGCAUACAGACUUCAGUAUUCAGUACUGUACAUCCCCCUGGAUUGCAGGGGCCCUUUCUCUCUCUCUUUUGUAUUGUAUGCGAUUCUGAAACUGAUUGAGUCAUGAAAAUAAUUUGUGGCAGUGAUUCUAAUGUAUUAAACCGUUUCGUGUUACUUUCUAACUGGAUUACACCCUGGAUUGAAAAGUCUUCCUCGUGGUAGUUAUAUGUAGUUUCAAACAUGAAUAAACUUUUUGCUUUCAUGAUCAAA